GACAGAACAAGAGACCCCUGCCUUGUCUCCAGGGCAUGUGGGUUUUUUUUUUCUUACAGGUUGUCACUUUUCUAAAUUUUGAUGUGGCGCUGGAUUCGGUCCCCGGGGACGAUCAGCAGCCUGAGGCAGAGGUUGGUCUUACCAACCCCAACCAAGCUCGUGGCGCUCUACAUUGCCCUAGGAAUCAGGGGAUACCGAGCGGUACCAUCGACAUCAACGGCGUCCGGCUGUUUGCAAAGGAAGGUGUGUUAGCCCACUUUGGCAAUCCGUCCUUCGAGGUCGAAUGGUCUGGGUGAUGGCGUCC